CGCUCCCUCUAAAAGCGACUCAUCCAUCCCCUCUCCUCGCCUUUCUCUGUCCAUACUCAGCACCUGUUCCGCCCGACUCCAGACAGACAAAGUCGCCACCAAGAUGCCGAUCCUCAAGGAACCGUGGAAGAAGUAUAAGCCAUUCAAGCCGCUGCAUCUGCCUAACCGACAGUGGCCCGACAAGGUCAUCGACAAGGCCCCCCGUUGGUUGUCCUCUUGUCUCCGCGAUGGCAACCAGAGUCUUCCCGAUCCAAUGAGCGGCGAAGAGAAGUGGCGCUACUUCCAGAUGCUAUGCGGCCUUGGCUACAAGGAGAUUGAGGUCUCUUUCCCUUCCGCAUCCCAGAUCGACUUUGACUUCACCCGCCGCUUGAUCGAAACCCCGGGAGCCGUGCCGGACGAUGUGUUCUUGCAGGUCCUUUCACCUUGCCGGCCCGACCUCAUCCGCAAGACUGUAGAGUCCGUUCGCGGGGCGAAGAACGCCAUCAUUCACAUCUACCUCGCCACAAGCGAGUGCUUCCGGCAGGUCGUCUUUGGAUAUACCGAGGAGCAAACCCUGGAGCUCGCCGUCGAAUGCACCAAGCUUGUCAGGUCCCUGACCAAGGACAACCCCGAAGCUUCUGGAACCCGGUGGCAGUUCGAGUUCUCGCCGGAGUGUUUCUCUGACACAGAUCCCGAUUACGCCGUGAGGGUAUGCCGCGCAGUGAAGGCGGCGUGGGAGCCCCAAGCAAAUGAAGACCCAAUCAUUUUCAAUUUGCCCGCUACGGUCGAGCUGUCAACACCCAACGUAUACGCGGACUUGGUAGAAUACUUCUGUAACAACAUUGGGGAUAGGGAGAAAGUGUGUGUGUCUCUGCAUCCCCACAACGAUCGUGGAUGCAGUGUUGCGGCAGCAGAACUGGCUCAGAUGGCGGGAGCUGAUCGUGUCGAGGGCUGCUUGUUCGGCAACGGAGAGAGAACGGGCAACGUUGAUCUUGUGACACUGGCUCUAAACCUUUACACACAGGGAGUGAGCCCAAAGAUUGACUUCUCCGAUCUGAACUCGGUCAUCGACGUAGUUGAAUCUUGCACCAAGAUUCCCGUCCAUCAGCGUGCCCCCUACGGCGGAAGUCUCGUAUGUGCGGCCUUCUCAGGCAGCCAUCAAGAUGCAAUCAAGAAAGGAUUCCAGAACCGCCAGCGCCUCGGCCUAUCUAGCGAGGACCCAUGGCUUGGAAUGCCCUACUUACCGCUGGAUCCCCAAGAUAUCGGGCGCAAUUACGAGGCUAUUAUCCGCGUCAAUUCGCAGUCUGGAAAAGGAGGGAGCGCAUUUAUUUUGCAUUCGAAAUUACAGCUUGACCUCCCUCGCAGCCUCCAGAUCGCCUUCUCCAGCAUUGUCCAGCGCCGUGCCGAAGAGCUUGGACGUGAACUGCUUGCGACCGAGAUCACUGACCUCUUCGAGACAACUUACUUCCUCCAUGAGAAUCCCCGCUUUGGUCUCGUUGACUAUAGCAUCACCCCCGACCGAUCACAUUCUCCCAUGCCCUCUGCGCCAGGCAGGACCCAGGAUACGAAGAGUUUCAUCCGUAUCUUUGAGGGCGUCAUCCUUCUGGACGGACAAGAGUUCAAGCUGCGUGGCCGAGGCAAUGGACCAAUCUCUAGCAUGGCGGCUGCGCUCAAGGAUGUCGGCAUCGACCUUGACGUUCACGACUACAAGGAACAUGCCAUCGGUGAAGGUAAAAGCGUGAAGGCGGCCUCGUAUAUCGAGUGCAAGCCUGCAGGCAGCAAGCAGACAGUCUGGGGCGUCGGCAUCCACGAGGACGUGGUGCAGAGCUCGCUCCUCGCUCUGCUAAGCGCGGCAAGCAAUUUCAUUACGAGCCGGCGCGGCAGCCCUAUCCUGAAGCCCAGCACAGCCGCUGCUCCUCAAGAUAUACCCAAUUUCAUCUCUGUCUUAGAGGAAAAAGCAAGAGGUGUAUAAAAAAGAGGAUGAAAGCCAGAUGUGGAAAAAAAAAAGUUUUGCUCUAUUUAUAGUUGAUAUCUCCAUACUUUACGUUGAUUAUCAUCAUCACCGUCACCAUCAUCGUCAUUAGUAUUAUUGUUGUCGUUGGUUUAAGAUGAUUAUAUUCUUACUCAGGCUUGAUAAAGUUGGCCAACAGGAAAAUUAGGCGGUG